AUGAGGAUAUGUUUAAGCAUUCAUUUUCAAAAGCAAAGAACAUCCCAUACAUGGAAUUUUGCUUCUGUCAGAAGAUAUGAAUUUAAUUGAUUCAUGAACAUUUGCUGCAGCUUAUUUGGGAAAAAAAAACUUAUAAAGAAACUGGGGCAAACUGGAAAAAGGUUUAUCAGUUCUCAAAAAAUCAAUGAAAGCAAUGCAUUAAAGGAAGUAGCCUUACUUAGAUAA